AUGUCUCGCCUCCUCCGCCUCCGCCCCCUCCUAAACCUCACCCACCUCAAACCCUCAACCUCAAUCCCAGCCCGCCUCUCCUCAACCUCGGCCUUCUCCCGCGGUCCCGCGCCCCCCCGCCUCCCAGCAGACCAACAAGCCGAGUUCGAGCGUCUCCAGCGCCAGGCCUCCGUCUCGAGCGCCUUCCAACACCUCGUCGAAGAGCAAUCUGAACCCCCCGCCGACGCCUCGUCCACCUCUGCCGACUCAUCCCCCUCCUCCUCAGUCGCAACCGAAGCGACCACAACAGCAACGGCGACCGAACCCGCUACCGCUGCGACCGCGACCCCCACGAUCGCGGCAACGGACGAAGACACAAUGCACCCAAACUACGUCCGCGGCGCCCCCGCGGAGUUCGAGGGCGACGUCAACCCGCGCACCGGCGAGGUCGGCGGGCCCAAGCGGGAGCCCCUUCGUUGGGGGUCCGGCGGUGAUUGGAGCUACAACGGUCGCGUGACGGAUUUCUAG